AAUCAGAUCAGAGUUAUGAAUUGUUGUAUAUUUACAGGGUACAAUAUUGAAGCAGCCACCAAUGACAAUAUAAAGAAACAGUUUGGAACCAAUGCCUGUGCUGGAUGUGCCGGGUGUUCAGCACAAGGGUUUGAUAUUGGUGUUGGAAUGGUUGGUGAAGCUGCAGCUGAUACUGAGGCAGAGACAUUAGAAGUUGUUGACCACACUGGUGAGGAAGCAGGGGACACAGGUGAGCAUGCUGAUGAUGGAAACUCCCCAGAUCAUGUGGAUACGAUGGACAUGGAUGCUGGAGGAAUGGAUGGGAUGGGAGACAUGGGCGAUGCAGGAGCGGCGUCAUGUGCGGCCUUCUAAAACCUCAGUGCUUACCAUUUUGUCACAACUGUAAAAUAAUGACUUGUACUUCGCAUUUCAAAUUUGUUUGUAUAAAUGGAAUAUUUUCAACUUCAUCUGUUUUGAAACAAGAAUUUUGUUGUUUCUUUUUUAUAAGAUUGCUUAUUGAAGUAUAGUGGUUAUUAUUAUUCUUGAUGCUGUCUAUUUUUUAUUAUUUUUUUUAAGAAAUGUGACUAUUUUAAAGUAUGUUAUGAUGUCAUUUUGAAAGUUAAUUAUUUGUUUUUACUGUAGUCCAUUUCAGAAUAUGUGUUAUUUGUGUAGUGAUAUAUUUAUGAUAUUUGUAUGAGUCAACAUGUACUUCAUCCUGCAUGUUCAUUAAGUCUGAUUCAAUUUUUAUAACUAGUCAUUACCUGAUUUUUUGUCAUUUUGAUCCUCUUCAUUUUUAAGGGAAAGUUUCAAAAUAAGUACUGCCUGAAUAGUAAUCAGUGUAGAUCAUGAUUAGAUCAUAGACAUGCGGACAGCUGAUCUUGGUCUGCACUGGUCACAUGGGUAGAUUAUAUUGCUGCCAUCAGGCUUAGGGUCAAGUUAACAAUAAUUAUCAAGUCUGUUACACAAUUUUACCCUGGUUAAGGUUUUUUGAAUUAUGUUUUGAGGUAUGAGGUAUUUCAAGUUUAUACUCCCUUUUGUGUCCUAAUUGAAACUGUAUAUCUAAGUUAUUUCUAUAUUUCUAUUCUUAAGAUUUUUUUACUUUUUGCAGGUCCUCUUUAUGCUUGUAAUGUCCUCUGUAUGUUUGUAACACUGACAAAAAUACUUUUUGAGUCAAGUUUCUAAAAAGUAUGGCAUGUUUGAUAAUUUCUACGCAAGGACUGCAUACAUACAUGUACAUAUUCUGUGUUAUCUGAUAAUGGUUAUGGAGAUCAUCAGAUAAUAUUUUAUUUUACAAUUUUGUCAAAAGAGUUUGCUUUCAAAGUAAAGAAAAUAUAUAUGGUUUAACGCUCAUAAAUAUGAGGACUUUAUUCAUUUAAUAUAUAUUCAGUAAUGAAAAGUGGUCUUUUGAUGUGUAUAUAAUGUUUGACUGUAUAAUACAUUUAUUGGGAUAUUUAUGAUAUUAUGUUAUAAAGAUAAUUAGAAGAAAACAUUUUUUACAUUUACCUAUUACUGUAGAUGUAUGUGCUUUUUUCACAAAAAUCUUUUAUUUUAUUGCUUUUUUAUACAUGUUUUGCUUCACUUUAUUGUCUGAAUUGCCUUAUGCACAUUUAUGUAUUGAUUCACUGUCAAUGCUUACAAUCAAAACUACCAUAUAUCUAGUCAUAAUGUAGAAUAAUGUGCCAAUUAGCUUUAAUUGAUUUUUAUUUGUCAAUUUUUAUUUUAACUUUUUUUUGAGCUUUUAUUCACUGUGUGCUAUGAUAAGGAGAUUAUUUCUAUGAAUUCUUUGUUUAAAAGAACAUCUUUUAUUCUACAAACUAGUCAUACCUUUUUACAUUGUACUUUUUGCUUUAAGUAUUAUUUAUGUUGCUCAAAUUAUAGAUUUAGUAAUGGAUUGCAAAAUACAUUACAUUGACCAUGCCUCUGUCAUGUUUAUGUAUUUUUGUAUCUCUUUCAUCAUGUUCAUGUAUUUUUUAUUAGGAAUGCUGUCAUCUCAAAAAAUAGGGAUAUAAAUUUAUUCACACUUUGUGUGUUUUUAAAGGAUUAUUCUUGUUAUAUGGAUCAUAUGAACUGAAUUUUCAAUGCAACACUUUUUCCAUAUACAUGUAUUAUUUGAUUUGACUAUGUGAUGAUUAAUAUUUCAAUCAAAGUUUGAAAACAGAAUUGUGUAAACUCUUAUAUAAAUAACUGUAUCUGCUAUGGUGAUGUACCUAGACUUUAAACUGUGCAUGACUUUUAUGUGAAGUUGUCUUUUACUGCAAUGAAACAGAAGAUAUUGUCUGUUACAUGAUGGGUAGAGAAAUGUUAAUGUAGUGAAAUAUGUAUGUAACAGUUGAUGUAUCACAACAUACAAGUUGUUGGAUAAAUGUGUAAAUAUGAUAUUUAUUUUGAAGACUUCUGAAAUUUUAAAAAUGAUUGUUUAUAUAUAGUUAAAAUUAUUCAAAACGUUCAUUUAUUAUAUUAGCUUGUGGAAACCCUACUUGCUCUACUUGCUUGUGUGGACCAACAGUAAAAUGGUUUACUAGAGCUGCCUCCAUGCUUAGUUUUAUAACAAGGACUUUGAUUGGCUGAAUAUUAAAAGAUUUAAUUCAAGGUGGAUUGGUGGAAUACCUGAAUCUCAUCUUCAAUCAGCCAUUUUGAUUGGUUGGUAAAUUUUUGCAUUAAAAUGAUGUUUGCUGUUGAUGUAGUGAAAGUUUUUGAAGAUAUAAAUGUAAAUUCUCCAUUUUGUUAAGUGCUAAGUUUAUGGACCAAAUGUAUCAUAGCAUUAAUACAUUCAUACUUAGUUAUGACUGCAUGGUGGUGAAAAUGCAAACACAACUUCAUUAUAAAACAUUGAGGUGUAUAUUUUAUACUGUUGUAGCUUUUGAAAUAUCUUAAUUAUAACAUGCUUGUCUCUAUGAUGUUGAAUGUACGAGAUUAUGGUAAUGGUAAUCAUGUAUUCCGAGUCGUACCACGAUACUAGCACCAGAUCUAUGUUGAAAUGCCUUACAUGUAACAUGUACUUGUUUAAAACAUCCGUUAUAAGUAGUGAAGUUUGUUCGUCAAGACCAUGUGAAAAACCAGUAUCUCGAGGCGUCAUCAUAAUUCUCAUAUAACUUCUUUUGUAAAGUUAUGACAGUAUUUGGAUGAACAUUGUAUAUUAAUGAGGAAAAAAAUUAUUGAAGAUCAUUUAUCAGUGCUGCAUAACGAAAUCCGAUAUUUUUUAAGAGAAUCUGAAGAGCUUAAUUAUGAAAACUUUGUUUCGGUACUGAUUAAAUACUGAUAGAUUAUUGAUUAAAGAUAGCAUCACUGCCAAAAAUGUUAAAAUUGAUUUUUCUGUAUAUAACCAGUAUUUUAGAUGCUGUUAGUAUUGAUUUGAAUCCAUUAAACACACAGGGAAAAUGCAAUCUUAUUCUGAUCUUCCAAUUAUAGAUACUUUAGUUCUUGUUUAGAAAAUACUGUGCCAAACUACGGGGGCGGAAUUACAUCUAGGAUAACUUUAUGUACAGAUUUUAUAUGUAUCAACCAUUGUAAGUUGCUGGCAUAACAGAAAUAAUAACUACAGGAACAGAUAUGUUUUACACCAUGUAGACUAUACUGGUGUUAUAUAGGCUUUGAUCACCUAAAUGGAUUUACAAUGUGCAAAACAUUUAUAUUGCAGUUUUGUGGUGAUAGAAAACGAAUAAUUGAUGCUGAAUAAUAGAUGUUGCUUUAUGGAGAACCAGUCCUCUUUGUUUUUAUUAUAUUAUCAGUAUGUGUCAUUAUUUUUUUUUACUAUGUAAAACAAUGGAAAACCAUGAAUUUAUCCAGAUA